GGAGCUGCUUGCAGAGCCAGCAUUUUUGGUCAUCAAAGAAGGCACAUUCCCUUUUUGAAGAUUAUUACAAAAGAUGGGCAUUUGUCUCAUUCGGUAGAAAUGAUUGAUGUGUUGAGGAAGGAUCGGUGCUCCUUGAAGAGACCAGCGAGGAUGAUUGAAGCAUGCCGGAGGCACUAAUGCCUUCACCACCGUCCCUACAGUACGCAUCAUCAAAGCCAACCCGUUCGUUGAGAUGAUUGAGAUGAUUAUGUGCCUCUCGCAUGCCAACCAACUCAACUAGAUGUCUGGUGACAGGUGCCUUGUUGGAUCUGGGUACCUGCUCAUGUGAGUUUUCCUCCAGCUAUGGAACCCUGGCCUAUCAUGGCCUGGGGCUUAAUGCUGACUGCCAUCACCGGCUGGAUCAAAGCGGUUCAAUCAAGGGACUUCACAGAAAAAGACAUUGUUUUUCUCCAUCCCUCAACAACUCCAUAUCCAGGAGGAUUUAAAUGUUUUACCUGUGAAGAUGCACCGGACAACUAUGAAUGCAACCGCUGGGCUCCAGAUCUCUACUGUCCACGAGAGAGCAGAUAUUGUUACACACGUCAUAAGAUGAGCUGGGAUGGAAACACAGUGUCGGUGACAAAACGUUGUGUGGCGCUGGAAGACUGUCUUGAAACAGGGUGCUUGGACAUGGACCAUGAAGGAAACAGGGAGUGUACAGCCUGUUGUGAGGGGAACAUCUGUAACAUGCCCCUCCCACGAAACGAGACUGAUGCCAUCUUUGCCACCACGUCUCCCAUUAAUGAGAGCAUGCAAACAGCACACAGUCCCACGCUGCUGCUUUCUGUUUGUAUCAUCAGCCUGAUGCUCCAAAGUAUUAACUGAGACUGGAAUGAGCCUUUAUGGCAAUAACUUAGGAAACCAUUGACUUGUGCCAGUCAGCUGUGGUGGGAUUUACCUUCCUCGAAAUGAAGUGUUAGUUGUUGGACUUUUUCUUUGCUAUGAAUACAUUUUUAUGAAUCCUAUACUAAUACUCUCUCUAUAAAAAAAAAUAUUGAGUGAUUUCCCUCAAGCUGAGUGGAUUAAUAGGAUUAAUCUGAGUUUUUCAUGAUGUACAUGGGAAGGGGAUAUUUAUGGCAAAACUGACACAAACCUGCACAUUUUCUUGUCUUGAAUUAAUGUGAGUUGUGUUUUAUACAUUUGUAUAGAUAUAUUUAUUUUUUUAUCAUCCAUUUUUGUAGAAGGCUGAACUGUGUUGUGGGCUGUAGGUAUGAACAUAUAACUUUAAGGGUCAAGAGGUCAUGAAUUUUCCACCCACCCCUCUUUCAUCAUUGUUAGAGUAUUUUUGUCAUCAUGGAAAAGGGCUAGGAAACAAGUUCAACAUGUCAUCCAGCAACAUAGAAAGAACUUUGUCGAUCCUAUAAAAAGAACAUUCUGUUUUAGUUUUGCACUGUGUAUUUGUGUCAUAAUGCAACAUGUAUUCCUAAAGCACUUGUGUACAGAUUGUCAUGUGAAAGCGCAGUGACUACGUCCAUAUAGCCUACAGUGAAAGGCUUUAUUAUUAUUAUUAUAUAUGUAUAUGUUCCUAUACAUUCGUCAGUCCAUUGUUGUGUACUGUAAUAUUUCCUAAUCAUAAUUCUUGGCUGACUGUGCAAUCAGCUAAAAGUGUGGAGUCUGCAGCGACAGUGUUAUUUUUUUUCAGGCUUUAUGAUUUGUUUAGGUGAUCUGCCCGGCUGUAAAUGAAGCUAUUUCCUGUUUCUUCUCUGUCUUUUGUCGAGUUUUGAAAAGUAUUGUAACAUUCACUGAAAUCAGUUUGUUCACUUCAGUACAAUAUAAAGGGCAUGGUGAUCAUAGAAGGGCUCAAAACCUUUACUCAGGUAAUUAUGGAGUAGUUAGUGCCAGUUUAGUAAUGCACAAAACACCUUUAACCUGAGUGGACCCAGCCAAACUAUCUGAAGGUCAUAUGCAUUAAACAUGUCUCUGAAUGUGCUGAUAUAAAUCAGCUCUCCUCAGCUCAGAUUUCUAACAUUAUGUACAUAAAAAUGUCUUUCAUCGGUUUUUACUCUCAUCUUAACUAUAAUACAAAAAUACAGAUUUGUAAUAGGGUUGCAUGAACUUUUUACAAAAUUGUGAAUGCUGCAUGCCAUCGUGUGCCAAGGCUUGUUAUAAAUGUAGAUAUUUUUUUCUACACUUGUUUGUAAUAUCCCUGUAUAUUCUUGUGUACAUAAUUUUGGAUAUGUUUUUAAAUCACACCUUUGGAGUAAAUUUGUAACACUUCUGUGGUCUCUUACUUGUGUUUUAAUGUAUUAAAUUCAAAUCAGAACGUUUACUGAUGUUUUGUUUACUGUUAAUAAAAACAAUAUUCUAAAAAUUAA